AUAACAACAACCAUUAGAAUAAAGAAUGUCUCUGUUUGGAAACACGGGGGGAGCUAGUAACCUGUUUGGUGGUGCUAAACCUCCUGCUGCUGGUACACCAUCACUCUUUGGUACACCUGCUGCUGCAGGUGGAACAUCUUUGUUCGGUGCUACGACCGGUGCACCAGCAGCUAGCACACCCCUCUUUGGAGGAGGAACAGCAAAACCAAGCCUCUUUGGAGGAACUGCCCCCGCCGCCCCAACAGCAGCAACCAGCACUCCAUCCCUCUUUGGUAACCUAUCAUACAAUCCCGCUACAGCACCCUCAGCCACACCCGGGACUACCUCCCUUUUUGGGGGUACUGCUGCAGCUCCCACUGCAAAACCAGCUCUCUCCUUUGGAACAGCAGCCUCUACUGCAGGGUCUAUGUUUGGGGGAACUAGUACAGCUGCCGCGGUGACGGCAAGUGCUGCGACUACUAAAUCCUUGUUUGGGGGGUUAUCUUCUGCUGCCACCACUGCUACUCCUUCAUUAGGCGGUGGACUACUGGGAGCUUCCUCCGCAGGUCCUGCCAGCACCUCAACCACCACCACCGGCUCCUCCUCUCUCCUCAGUACCGGGUUUAAGUUAGGAGGAACCACCACCAGUGCAGCUCCUGCUUCUACUGGCCUCAGUCUCGGUGGUACCACAUCGAUAGCAAGCACGACCGCACCAGCAGCCGCCACCGCGACUACUACUUCAUCCUACUCGUAUAAACAGAUAGAGGAGCUGAUAAACAAGUGGAGUGUGGAUCUGGAGGAACAGGAGCAGAUGUUCAUGAGACAAGCUAACCAAGUGAACCAGUGGGACAAGUUACUGAUGAGCAACGCUGAACAAGUUCUAGAUUUAAAUAACGAAGUAGAAAAAGUGCGAGCAGAUCAGCAGCGGCUAAACCACGACCUGGACUUUAUCUCAUCUCAACAGCAGGAGUUGGAAGACAUGCUCCAACCUCUCGAGGAGAAGAUUAAAUCUGCAGGAGUGUCAUUAAACAACCAGUACUCGGAUAACGAGCGAGAAAAGACCUACUCCUUGGCAGAACACAUAGACGGACAAUUACAGCAGAUGUCAGGGGACGUGACGGAGGUUAUAGAACACCUCAACUCAGUCAACUCUAGCAACCAGGACGAGAAUAAUCCAAUGUACCAGAUAUCUAAAAUUCUAAACAUGCACAUGGACGCACUAGUGUGGAUAGAUCAACAUUCCAUAGUGCUACAGAAACGUGUGGAGGAUGUCAGCCUGCUGUGCGACGUUAAAAAACGGGAACAGGAGAAGAACUUCAAGAUGGCAUUCGAGUGAAGAUUUGCCACUGUUUUAAUUAAUUUAAUUAAUAUGUCGGAUUUAAUUAAAUAAAUUUUAACUAUGUAUUUAUAAGCGAGUUAAGUAUCUCAUUUCUUCCCAUGCAUCGCUUGCUGAAAAUAAAUGUUUGAAAGUAAACCUUUCUGCGUGCUGGGCCUGGGUUUCAUAAAAUAUUCUUACAUUCUUCAACCCUUAAUUUACAAAAUUGAAAAGAUCUGGAACGCGUUUUAACUAUCUUACAAUAUUUGUACGUAUUUGUAUUUAAAUUUCAACUCCUUCUUUAGGUAUCAUUCGCAGAUAAUUUACAUAUUCGAAA